UUAGAAAAGGAAAUAAAAACAAAAGAAAAAAAAUUAUUAGGGAAGAGAGGUUUUAUAAUUUGACCUGAAGCCUCUCGGACGGCUGAGACUGAGAGAGGAAAAAUCAUGGAGGACCAUCAUCUUCCCGAGACUUUGAAACCCUUCUUUCACAGAGCCACUGAAGCACAGGAGCGAUUGGCUAAGCUUGAAGCUGCUGUUGCGUCGACCAAGACAGACAUUCCGGAUGCUAAACUUGUUGAGGAAAUUGCUCAAAUUCAAUCAAAGCUUGAAGAAGCUAACGCCACUGUGAUGCAAGAACAGAGGAAGGUGAAAGAAUUGACCAUUGAAAACGAUAAGCAAAAGUACCGUAUAUUGCAACUUGUGCGGGCGCUAAAGGAUGCUGAUGAGAAGCUUGAGAAACUCUCUAAAUGAUUUCAUUCUUCUUUCUCUUUACUAUUGUGAUUCGUUUUCUUUAACAUCCUUACUGAGGAAAGGAUACUCUACUCAGUAAUAUUAUUUUUAACUGACAAGAUAUCAUAAAGGAUUGAGUUUUGCUACUCUGUAUCUGGCUCUGUGUUUUUGUGUAUGUCAUAAGCGCAUCUGCACUUUCUAGUUUAGCAAUGUCCAUAUGUUGAUUUAAUGAAGAUA